UCGACCACUCGAAGCUAACGGUGGGUUAGCAUUAGCUGCUUACAGUACAGCCCACUCCUCCCUGCUGAUGUCGCUCACUUCAAACCUCAUGUUUUCAUCACCUUUGGUUGUAAAGCCAACUAGAGCAAAGAAGUGAGUGGAGAGACAGCAAGUGCACUUACUGGCGGAGGCAAAAUGCUGAAUGCCACGAAUGGCGACCCAGGCCAUGUUGCUGUCAAUUAUGUGGAGGAGUACUUCGACCUGAUGGAGUCGCUACCCUUAGAUAUGCAGAGAAGCGUGUCCCUCAUGAAGGAAAUCGAUGCCAAGUAUCAAGACGUUCUCAAGGAGCUCGAUGAUGCUUACGAACGCUAUCGCAAGGAGUCCGACUCACCCCAGAGACGUAAACUUCAGAUGUCCAUCCUGAGGGCGCUGAUCCGCUGUCAGGAGCUUGGAGACGAGAAGAUUCAAAUCGCUGGACAAAUGGUGGAGUUGACGGAGAAUCGAACACGACCGAUGGACUCGCACUCGGAACUCCUCUCGUCCUCCCAAAACGUCCCAGAGAGCCAUGUCCCCGCAGCGCCGUCCAUGGUCACCGCCGCCGCCUCCAUGAUGUCGUCGUCCUCGUCGUCGUCUUCUGCCAUCACCCCGAACAAAACAGGCCACCACGACAAGAAGCGCGACGAGGUCACGCCGGGCUCGGUCGGAGGCGGCAGCGGUGGAGACAAAUCCAGUGGAAAGCGAUCCAGGCGGCAGAAAAACGGCGACGGCAGGGAAAGUUACAGCGGCAUGGACCCCACCGAAGACGUCGCCGUUGGGGCGUCCCGAGAGAAGCGGGCCAAGACGUCGUCCAAGAAGAAGAAGAGGUCAAAGGGGAAGCCGGAGAGAGAAGUGUCUCCCCCCGACCUGCCCAUCGACCCCGACGAGCCUACAUACUGCUUGUGCGAGCAGGUGUCCUACGGCGAGAUGAUCGGCUGCGACAACGACGAGUGUCCCAUCGAGUGGUUCCACUUCUCCUGCGUGGGACUGCACCACAAGCCCAAAGGCAAGUGGUACUGCCCCAAGUGCCGAGGCGAGAACGAAAAGACCAUGGACAAGGCCUUGGAGAGGGCCAAGAAGGACCGGGCGUACAACAGGUAGCCUCGCCAACACUCGGGACCUUUCUAGUAUUACUUUGACUGUUGGCCUUUUUCGUCUGUGUAGUCGUGUAAAUAGAUAUUUUUCUAAGACGGUCAGGACUUGUUCUAAACUUGUGUUUCCACAUGCAUGCAGCAGCUCACAUUCGACUGUACGUGUCCUGUUAAUAAAUAAAUCAUCCUUCAACAAA